AUGAGUGUGAGAGAGAGAAAGAGGCAGGAUAGGUGUGAGGGGACUCAGCGACAAUGCCUGCAGCCAUCGCGCCUGACUGCCUGUGAGACUCAUUCACAUGCAGGCGGAACGGCUGGCAGGCUGUCCCUCACAAUCACCCCAUACACUUGUCUUGUUCCUCACAUUUCCCACACACCCAACUUCUCCCUCACGCACCGAUCCUGCCCGCCUACUUUCCAGUACAUCAACCCGCCUACUUACCAGCCAAUCAACCCGCCUACUUACCAGCCAAUCAACCCGCCUACUUACCAGCCAAUCAACCCGCCUACUUACCAGCCAAUCAACCCGCCUAUUUACCAGCCAAUCAACCCGCCUACUUACCAGCCAAUCAACCCGCCUACUUACCAGCAUAUCAACCCGCCUAUUUACCAGCCAAUCAACCCGCCUACUUACCAGCCAAUCAACCCGCCUACUUACCAGCCAAUCAACCCGCCUACUUACCAGCCAAUCAACCCGCCUACUUACCAGCCAAUCAACCCGCCUACUUACCAGUCAAUCAACCCGCCUACUUACCAGUCAAUCAACCCGCCUACUUACCAGUCAAUCAACCCGCCUACUUACCAGUCAAUCAACCCGCCUACUUACCAGUCAAUCAACCCGCCUACUUACCAGUCAAUCAACCCGCCUACUUACCAGCCAAUCAACCCGCCUACUUACCAGUCAAUCAACCCGCCUACUUACCAGUCAAUCAACCCGCCUACUUACCAGCCAAUCAACCCGCCUACUUACCAGCUAAUCAACCCGCCUACUUACCAGCUAAUAAACCCACCUAUAUACCAGCUAAUCAACCCGCCUACUUACCAGCUAAUCAACCCGCCUACUUACCAGCUAAUCAACCCGCCUACUUACCAGCUAAUCAACCCGCCUACUUACCAGCCAAUCAACCCGGCUGGCUGCCAGUCAUCCAGCCCUCCUGCCUACUUCCCAGCCAUCCACCCAACCGUCCCUCCAACCACUCUGCCAGCCAUCCCUCCUACCUCCCUGCCAUCCAUUCAACCUUCCCUCCUACCUCCCUACCAGCCAUCUAACCCUCCCUCCUGCCUUCUUGCCAGCGAUCCAGCCCUCCCUCCUACCCUCUUGUUAGCCAUCCAGUCCUCCCUCCUACCUCCCUUUCAGUAA